AUGUCGAAAAUUGGUCUUAGCGAGGCGGUAAUAGUGUCGGCAGUCCGUACUCCGAUCGGAUGUUUUCAAGGCAGAUUGUCCACUCUCACCGCCACCGAACUAGGCGGUAUAGCCAUUAAGGGCGCCGUUGAUCGGGCCCACAUAUCACCCGAAGAAGUCCAAGAGGUUUUCAUAGGCAACGUGUGCUCAGCGUAUUUGAGACAAGCGCCAGCUCGUCAGACUGCAGUUAACGGCGGUCUACCUGCAAGCACAGUUUGCACCACAAUUAAUAAAGUAUGCUCAUCGGGUCUCAAAGCCGUGACAUUGGCUGCGCAAGCGCUACAGACUAGGACACACGAUGUGGUCCUAGCCGGAGGUAUCGAAUCCAUGUCGAAUGUACCGUUCUAUUUGCGGCGCGGUGACACCCCGUACGGCGGACUGCAUCUUGUGGAUGGCAUCCUUCACGACGGCCUGACUGAUGUCGAGCAUAAUAUACAUAUGGGAGACUGCGGCGAAUACGUCGCCAACAAGUUUAAAAUCCCGAGGUGCGAGCAGGACGACCACGCCAUUGAAACUUACAGAAGGACUAUCGCUGCUUACGAGGAUAACGUUUUCGCGGAGCAAAUUAUCCCUGUCACGGUGCCGCAAAGAAAGGGAACGCCAAUUAUCGUGGCAGAGGAUGAUGAAUAUAAGAGGUUCAAUUUCGAGACAUUUACAAAACUGCAACCGGCAUUUCAGAAACGAGGCACGAUAACUGCUGGAAACUCGGCUGGUCUCAGCGAUGGAGGGGCUGCUGUGCUGAUGAUGACCUCAGAAGCUGCCGACAGACUAAAAGUGAAGCCGCUGGCCAGAGUAGUGGGGUACGCGGAUGCCGAGAGGGAACCUAUCGAGUUUCCUAUUGCACCGGCUGAUGCUGUCACUAAACUACUAGAGAAAACCGGCGUUUCAAAGGAGAGUGUAUCCCUGUGGGAGAUAAAUGAGCCGUUCAGCAUUGUGGGGAUCGCUAACCGGCGUAUAUUGGGUUUAGAGACUAGCAAUGUCAACGUGCACGGCAGUGCAGUGAGCCUUGGUCACCCACUGGGCAUGUCUGGUACACGACUCGUAGCACAUCUCAGCCAUGUACUGCGUUGUGGACAGCUGGGCGUGGCUACCACGUGUAACGGCGGUGGGGGGGCCACUGCCCUCAUGAUAGAGAAGAUAUAGAUACCGCAAACCAAUAGAGUGAAAUUUCCAAUAUUGUUUUAUUACAACAUUUUCGGAUAAAUUCAAUACUAAUGAGUCUGGUUUUUAAAUUACUUUAAUAGUUUUGUGAUAAAGGAGUAAUAAAUAACAGAAAUUAA